GCAUCAUUCUGAGGGCGGGGUUACGCAGCAUCAUCGGAGCUUGUCGUUUUAUUGUACGGCUGCUGAUGCUGAGAGGUCGCGCUGAGAAAUAUGUAGGACCAUGAUUGCGGAUUUGAGGUUUGGGGACCGUGACACAUCGUGGCGGAUUGUUUUUUAGGUUUUCUCACUACAAGGAUAAUGAGGAAAAGACGGAGCUGGAAACGUCAGUGUAACUUGAAGUGAUGGAUACUAAGAGUGUUUGAGGAACCUUUACAUCUGACCCAAUGGCAAAGAAAGGCCGCGCCAAGGGCGAGAAGCCUGAAGCGAUCAUCUCUGCCUUACAGGCAGCCAAUGAAGAGCUCAGGUCCAAAUUAACUGAUAUUCAAAUUGAACUGCAUCAAGAAAAAUGCAAGGUGACCAAGUUGGAGCGAGAAAAGGUGCAGGAAGGCAAGCGCAUUCGCGAACAGGAGCAGCAUCGGCAUACUGCGGCGCUGACGGAGCAGCGGGCUCGCUGGCACGAGGAGAAGUUAAAGGAACUCGCAGCUCUGCGGGAAUCACUGACGCGGCAGCACGAGCAGGAGUUAGCGCGUACCGCUAAGAUUAAAGAAGGCGAGAUCCAGCGUCUGCGGACUGCGCUCAGUGCACUUGGCAGCGGCAGCGGCGAGAAAGUGCGCACUGCGCUGACGCUCGAGGCCCGAGAGGAAGCCCGCCGCUUCUUCGACCAGGAGCGCGUCAAGCUGCUGCAGGAAAUAGCGGAGCUAAAAUCCUCCAAACGCCAGACGGAUGAAGCACUGAAUACUAUGAUCUUAGCCGACAAGAUGAAGGCUGGUGACCUGCGCACUGAACAUCAAGCGCACCAGGAGCAAAUUUCCAAGAUCAAGUGGGACUGUGAGCGAGAUAUUCGUCGACUGGUGGAUGAGAUCAAGGCGAAGGACCGGACGAUCUUCUCGCUGGAGAAAGAGCUGGAAACAGCCACAGGCUUCAUGCAGAAGUUGCAGCUACAGAAGGAUGCACUUGAUGAGCAGCUUUUUUUGGUAAAAGAGGCAGAGUGCAACCUGGGAAGCCCCAAAAGAGAGAUCCCCGGCCGUGCUGGAGACGGAGCAGAGCAUUGUGGGAGUCCGGACAUGAGAAGGAACCAGAAACGCAUGAGUGAACUCAAAGCCACCAUUCGUAAGCUGGAGGACCGCAAUUCAAUCUUAGUGGAUGAAAGAAACGAGCUGUUGAAGCGUGUUCGAGAAACGGAGAAACAGUGCAAGCCCUUACUGGACAAGAACAAAUUAUUAAAUAGGAAAAAUGAUGAACUCAGCCAUUCCCUUCAGAGGAUGGAGGAUAAACUUAAAUCCAUUACCAAGGAGAACCUGGAGAUGAAGGAAAAGAUUACCUCCCAUCCUCCACUGAAGAAACUCAAGUCUCUGAAUGAUCUGGAUCAGGCCACCGACGAUCAAGAGAUUGAGUUCCUCAAGCUGCAGGUCCUCGAGCAGCAGAGCAUGAUCGAUGAGCUGACACGAGAUAGAGAAAAACUCUUGAGAAAGAAGAGGCAUAAACGAAGCAGACCUAUAAAGAGGCAUAUCGUUGUAGACACGUUCUAUGGGUAUGAUGAAGAGUCUAUGGAUUCGGAAACUUCCUCGGUGGCUUCCCUGCGCAUGGACCGAACCCCGGCUACACCAGACGAAGAUUUAGACGAGAGUUUGGCGGCUGAAGAGUCUGAAUUGCGCUUUAAGCAUUUGACACGGGAAUAUCAGGCUCUUCAGAGAGCUUAUGCCAUCCUACAGGAGCAGAAAGGAGGGGUGCUGGACGCUGAAAUGGAGGCUAAGGGUCAUGAGCAGCUCCAGGCAGACGCUCAAAGGUAUAAAGCUAAAAUCGAAGACCUGGAAAAGGAGCUCGCUUUAAAAGGACAGGACUCCAGAUGGGUGGAAGAGAAGCAGCUGUUCCUCAGGCGCAAUCAGGAGCUGCUGGAGAAGGUUGAAAAGCUGGAGAAUGAAAACGGAAAGCUGCAGCAGGAACUACAGGACUCUAAAGAUCAGAAUGAACUCCUGGAGUUUCGCAUACUUGAGCUCGAGGAGCGUGAGAGGAGAUCGCCUCCGUUUAACCUUCAAAUCCAUCCGUUCUCUGAGGGAGUGAGCGCGCUGCAGAUCUACUGUAUAAAGGAGGGCGUGAAGGACGUGUGUAUACCAGACCUCAUCAAGCUGCUGGAUAUACUCGGGGAUAACGGGAACCUGAGGAAUGAGGAGCAGGUGGCCAUCAUUCAAGCCAGUACUGUGCUGUCGCUCGCUGAGAAGUGGAUCCAGCAGAUUGAAGGCACAGAAGCAGCUCUGCAUCAGAAGAUGAUGGACCUGGAGCUCGAGAUGGAGAUGUUCUGCAAACAGAAGGGUUAUCUGGAGGAAGAGCUGGACUACAGGAAGCAGGCGCUGGAUCAGGCCUAUAUGCAAAUCCAGGAGCUGGAGGCGACUCUGUACAACGCACUGCAGCAGGAUAAAGUCAUCAAAUACGGAGAACCUCUGGACGAGCUGCAGAAGGACGAGUUACGCACAGCUGUGGAGAAACUGCGCAGACAGAUGCUGCGGAAGAGCCGAGAGUAUGACUGUCAGGUGCUGCAGGAGAGGAUGGAGCUGCUCCAUCAGGCCCAUCAGAGGAUCAGAGACCUGGAGGACAAGACUGACAUUCAGAAGAGACAGAUUAAAGAUCUAGAGGAGAAGUUUUUAUUUCUCUUUCUAUUCUUCUCUCUUGCCUUCAUUCUUUGGCCUUGAUGUCUGUGACAUCUCCUGCGGAGGAUCUGAAGCAACCUGGAGCUGUCGCAUGCAACUGCAGUCAUCCGGUUGUAUUGACUCAAGGGUGUAUUAAUGGCUGUUUUGUUUUGCUUGUGUGGAAUUGGGAAAUUCAGAGUUAGUGAUUAUGGACUUCAUUGGAUUCAACCUCUGUGGAGGACCAGGACAGAACGCUUGAAAUCACACUUACAGAUCAAAACAAGUGUGACAAAACAUAAUCAUCAACCCAACUAGAGGAUUAUAAAUUAUCUCUGCCAUGCAGGGACCCGUCAUGACCACGUCUUCACUGCAUCUACUGUGACUGCUACCAACCAGAACCCACAGACCUGUUUCUUUCUCACUCUGUCUGUCUGUCUGUCUGUCUCUCCUCCAACACACACUUUGGGAAAUUCGAAGCGAAAUGGACGUCUUUGCGGACACACAUCGUCUCACAGGAGCCUAUGGUUGCUGACUCAGGGCCUGUUAGUGAGGUGACUGUCGCAUCUCUGUUAUCAGGACCCCUUAGGAGAGGCGUCUUCCUCACUGCCUGAACACAGAAAGGACAAAGGGACAGAUUGAGAGAGAAAGCGAGACCAUCCACUACAAACCAUCCACACUAGCAGUUUUUGUUUACCCCUAGGAAGUUGAGUAGACUACUGCAACCUGAAAACUAAUUCUGCGCAGCCUUGUUUUUAAAAUUAUUCCUCGUAUUGGGCCUCAUUCCUCCAUCACAAGCACAAUUUCUUAAAUCAGUCCAAAAGGUUUACGCAAAAAACUAUUUAUGCAACUAAAACCAUUUUUUUACCUGACACACGUUACAGUUUACGAAAGUCGCGAUAAAACGGAAGUAGCGAUAGAAAUUUUCUUCUGUAUUGUGACGUACAUCUGAGUGUAACAGAUUAUAGAAAAUAAACAAUGUACUUGGUUUUAUACAUGCGUUGUUGAUUGGAUUUUGACUUGAGGGCAUUGCACUUGAAUAAAUGAGAUUACAAUAGAUUUGUAAAAAAAUGAACGGGAUUUAAACUGAUUAUAUGAUUGGAGAAUUUCUGUAUACACUAACAAAGAGAGGUUUAAUGAUUGACUUAAAGAUCCUACUACAACUUUUUAAUUAAAAAUUGCAAUGUAAAAAAAAAAAAAAAAAAAAAUGAGAACAUACAUAUAGAAGCUUGUUUCCGCCAAUGGAUAAAAAAAGCUAACUGCGACCUUUAAUCUCACAGU